GAUCAUACCAUGAUGGCGAAGUUUUACCGUCAUUACAAUAUAUGUAGAACAGAACCACAUAUUAUCAUGAAACAUGCAAUAAAGCAGGUACACGUUGCCGGGUACUUCGGACGAUUUAGCUUUUUCGUUUUAAGUAGAUUUGAUAUCUAUAAGAAACACUUCUCCGGUAUCCUGUUGUUGAAGUUUCUUUCUUCUAGUAAGACAAGCACGCAACCAUGUAUUUUCCUAUUUCCAAGUUGACUAUCCUUGCCGUCGCGGCUCUUUUCACAUCUUCUAUUGCAGUUGAUUUAGAGGCCAGACAGACCCCUUCUCCAGAUCCAGUUCCAACGCCCACUCCAGCCCCAACAACGACCACAGGAACUACCCUCAAUGCCUCACAAUCCGCAUCCCAAUCAAUGGAAAUCCAAGCCGCACUCGCUUCCUAUGCUUCUUCUCUCUCCGUAGCCUCAGUAGAAGCUGUGAAGGCUGGAUCAACGGUAGCUUCGUUACCGGGCUAUACACUAGCUGCUUCGGCGGCUGCUCCCGGAUCUUCAAAUGCUGCGAAAGCUGCUACAGGGAAUUCGAGCUCGGGGAGAGGUGCAGAGGUGGAUAUGGUGUGGGUCAAUAUUGGAGUUGGAUUGGUGGUUUGUGCGGUGGGGUUGUUGUGAGGGGAAUAUUUUGUGGAAAGUUGGGGGUGAAAAGAGAUAUCCACAUUUCAAAUAGAGAGUGAAGCAUAGAAGAGAUGGAGACUUUUCAAUCUUCCCGUGCUAUUUCACUUGAGUCGGAGUUCGGGAGGGAUGCCAAAACGAUAAAUUGGGAUAGCCAGACUAUGGCUCAAACA